AUGCAUUUUAACUACACUGCAGCUACACUGGCUGUAUUGCUCCCACUAUGCUCGGCUCAGACCUUCUCGAAAUGCAACCCUCUUAAGCAAUCUGGUUGCGAGCCCAACCCAGGUAUGGGCUCCAAUUUCAACUCCGACUUCACCACCGGCGAUGGAUCUCUCGGCGGCUGGACAACUACCGCCGGAAAAGUCACAACUGGUGGCCAGGGUGCCGAGUUUACCCUGGCCAAGAAGGGCGAUGCGCCCACCAUUGACACCAGCGGUUUCUUCCUAUUUGGUAAGGUCGAGGUUGUCAUGAAGGCUGCGCCGGGACAGGGUAUUGUCAGCAGUAUUGUCCUAGAGUCGUCCGCUCUCGAUGAGAUCGACUGGGAAGCCCUCGGUGGUGACACCACUCAAAUUCAGACCAACUACUUCGGUAAGGGCGACACCUCGUCCUAUGACCGUGCAACUUUCGUGAACAUGGCUUCUCCACAGGCUGAUUACCAUACGUACACCAUCGACUGGAACAAGGACCAGACCACCUGGUCCGUUGAUGGCAAUGUCGUACGUACUCUCAACUACAACGACGCCAAGGGUGGUUCUCGCUACCCCCAGACCCCUAUGCGCCUGAGACUGGGCAUCUGGGCCGGUGGUGACCCGGGCAAUGCUCCGGGCACUAUCGAAUGGGCUGGUGGCAAGACUGACUACAACCAAGCCCCCUUCACCAUGUAUGUGAAGUCGGUUAACAUUGUGAACUAUAACCCUUCCGACUCCUACACCUACUCCGACAACAGUGGCUCCUGGCAGAGCGUCAAGGGCUCUGGCAAGUCCACGGAGCCUCGCAGCACCUCCAGCACCACGGACACCCCGUCCACCACUGAAUCCGCAUCCUCGUCCGAGCCCGCGACCGAGUCUAGCACCAGCAGCACAGCCUCUCCUACUGGUUUCAUUACCAGCACUACCAGCAGUACUACUGGCAGCACCACUGACUCCACUGAAUCUACCACUGGUACUGUCUCCGGCACUACUACCGGCUCUUCGGAAACUGGCUCUGGCUCCACCACUGCCGAGUCUAGCUCGAGCACCGGCUCCUCCAGUGCUGGUGCAUCCACGACUGAGUCUUCUGUUCCUGGGUCUUCGUCGGGCGCCGGAUCUUCUACUGGCGCCGGAUCUGGCUCUGGCUCGGCUUCUAGCUCAGCCGCUGGUGCCACUUCCACCGUUCCUCUCUCCAACUCUGCUACAACACCUUAUGGUGGAUCUUUCAUGGGCCUCAUGACGAUCAUGGGCUUGAUGACCGCUAUGUUGCAGCUGUAA